GGUGUAGCCCACGGUAUAUCACGGUGUAGCCUCAUCAUCACCGACAUCAUCUUUCGACCGUUUUCAUCGCAAGGAUGGCGGGUGAUCUACCGAAAGGUUGGGAGAAGCGGGUCAGCCGCUCUACAGGUGAGGCGUACUACCUGAACACGAUCACCAAGGAGAGCCAGUGGGAGCUACCCAAGGAGCCCGCGACCGUGGGCAUACCGACCAAAGACCAGGUGUGGUGCUCGCACCUCCUGGUCAAGCACCGCGACUCGCGGCGGCCGUCUUCUUGGCGCGAGGAAAACAUCACUCGCACCAAAGAGGAGGCGCUCGCGCUCAUCAAGGGGUACCGGGAGCAGAUUGUGUCCGGCAAGGCGACAUUUGAGGAGCUGGCCAGCCAGCUGAGCGACUGCAGCUCGGCCAAGCGCAAGGGCGACCUGGGCACGUUUGGCCGGGGCGCCAUGCAGAAGCCCUUUGAGGACGCCGUCUAUGCUCUCAGCGUUGGAGAGCUCUCGGAGCCGGUGUUCACCGAGUCCGGCGUACACCUCAUUUUGCGCACCGCCUAGAAGACACCAGCAAGGUGACUACUCGACACAAGGCAGAGCUGCGGACUCCUCAAAGGCGUGUUGUACAAUGUGUAUUAAAACAACCGCAAUGGGAAAAAAGAAA